AUGUCCGCACAAGCAGCAGCAAGAGUCGGCGCACAAGCAGCCAAGUCUGCAGCAAAAUCUGCAGACAGCCAUGUUCUUAACAAGGGCGCAAAGAGAGAUCCCGAACUCUACGUUCUCUUCGGCGUCAUGGCCGGUGCCUUUGGUUUGGCCGGCUACUACUUCGGUGGUAAACCCACUUCAGCUACCUCGGAAGCUAAAGUAAACGUCGCUCCUGGUACCAUGCCAUGGCAGACUGAGAGCUCCAAAGGCGAUGCCGCCAGACAGGACUUCAAAUACCAAUACCACCCAGCCGGUGACCCAAGAAACCCACCAAAGGACGCACCUAGCGCAUUGCACAGCGUUAUUGUUCCCAAUGUUAACUUGCCAAAGGAGCUACACGAGAAAUACAACAAGUGGGGUAAGGACGGAUAUUAG